GUGGAGUCUUUAUUUACAUUUUUUGUAAUACGAGGACUUGAGGAAAUUGUGAAGUAUAAACAUGUUUUACAGUCUUUUCCGCUGCCGUGUUGUCGCCGUGUCGCUGCGUCGAGGCGCCGCACAGAUAAACCGCUGCUGUGAACGAGCUGCCUGCUGUCACCACCGAACAGUGAGUCACCUCUGAGCAGCCAGCGGCAGCAGCGGCCUCCAUUUUAACUUCGCCACCGAGACAUACCUCACGUGUCCUGGGCUGUCUCUCUCACAUGACCCGAGUGUUUGUUCCCGUGAUCAGCACUUCCAUCUCCGCCUGUGUCACCGAAUAUCACUUUUUAUUCUCACCCUGAUGGAUAUGCUUGAACAGAGUCUGGACACCGCAAGCCAAGAAAAGCAAGAAGAAGAAGUUGUGCAAGCUAGUGAAGACGGAACAGGGGAAGAGCAGGCGGCUGUAGCCAUAGCCAGUGUUCAGCAGGCGGCAGCAUUUGGUGACCAUAACAUUCAGUAUCAGUUUCGCACUGAGAGCGGCCAGGUUACGUAUCGUGUUGUCCAAGUGACUGACCAGCACCUGGAUGGAAGAGAAGAUGCUGGAGGAGCAGUGAGCGUCGUCUCGACAGCAGCUUUUACCGGGGCUCCUCAGGCUGUGGCUCAGGCUGUGAUCCAAAACCCUUUCAGCAAUGGAGGAAGCCCAGCAGGAGAGGCGGUGGGAGGCGAGACCCGCUUCGCUUACUUCCCUGCGACUGCGGUGAGCGACGGCGCCGUGUCUGUGCAGGCCACCACAGACCCCACGCUCACACAAGCAGGGGGUCAGUUUUACGUGAUGAUGACGCCCCCUGAUGUCAUCCAGACGGGAACACCGCGAACCAUCGCCCCACGCACACAGCCGUACCCCGCAGAUGAAAACGAGCUGCUGCAGCAGGAAGGUUUAAACUGGAAAAUGGAUGGACCUCGAACGCCGAGAGAUGAAAGGAGAAGAGCACAACAUAAUGAAGUUGAAAGGCGAAGAAGAGACAAGAUUAACAACUGGAUUGUCACUCUUUCAAAGAUUAUCCCAGACUGCAGUAUGGACAGCACCAAGACUGGAGCAAGUAAAGGAGGCAUCUUGUCGAAAGCCUGCGACUACAUCCGGGAGCUCAGGCAAAGCAACCAGCGACUCCAGGAGAGUCUGAAGGAAGUGGAGAGGAUACAAAUGGACAAUGAGUUGUGCAGGCAGCAGAUUGAAGAACUGAAGAACGAAAACGCUUUGCUCCGAGCGCAGCUCCAGCAACACGGCAUCGAGAUGGUCGGAGAGACUCCGCCGCAGUAAACGAGGCGGAGAAAGGAAGACCGAGGAUCACCACCACUCUAACAUGUAACUGUGGAAAAGCAGGCGAGAUGAUUGAAAAAAGAAAAAAAAAAAAAAAAGACUCGUGGAGACUCACUUUCUUUCUGCUGAUUGCCUCCUUCCCUGGGUUCCAAGGUCACGAACUCCUCACCAGCCAUUUGUGGCUGCACUUGACUGUUCCAGACCUAUCCAGAUAACCACCCGUUGCAACUCAGUAGAAAUGUGCUCCAAGAAAAGAUGUCCACUCACCUCCAUCAGAGUGCUUCGCCAGCACUAGAUAAGAAACAGAACCUGUGCUGAACUUCCCCAUGUUUGUAUUUAUGUAGCCUCACUCUUGGACUGAGAUGCUCGCCAUCCAAGUUGGUUUCCCGUCGGUUUGUGUUUCUCUCCAUUUUGCCCUAGUUUAUUGCUUUUAUUCUGUUUUUUUUGAGUUCUGUAUUAAUAUGUUGUUUUUAGCUCAUUUAAUUUAUUAGCCUGCUCGCUCACAGAAGCCUUGAUGGAGACCAGUUACAUCAAAUCUCUCGCACCUCAGAGAAUUCUGCGGAAUUUUAAGUGAGGAAACAUCAAAGUAUGCAAAUUAUGAUUCUAGAGAUGGAAAAUAUUGUGACACACAUAGCUUACCUACACCCAAAGACAGGAGGAGGAGCUGUUCACGCCGCUUUGUGUAAAUACCACUUUUCAUGUUUUUAAUACAGAUGUUACAGAAUGUUAAAGCAGAUUAUCUCUGGGAGUCAACAAUCAAUAACUCAUUAACUCCAUGCUGGCCCGUUGACAUAAUAAUUACCAUAAGGUGUGUGUGCAAUCCUGAAGCAUGAUUUGAAAACACAGACAGUGGUAUACUUGAAUUGAUGGGCAUUGCCUUGAUUGAAAACUCAAAAAAAUAAGUCACUGAGAUGCUCUUUAAUUACAGAGGACACCGUCUUACUCUGCACUUUGCUUAUUAGAGAGUAAUGUCAACUUUCGCCAUAUUUAGGUACGCUGGGGUUUAUUUCCAUCUUUUGUUCGUGUGUGAUUUCUGCAGUAAUGAUAAUCCCCACAUGCUUCAUUUCAAGCUGUUUGCUCUAUUUUGGUAUCACAUCUCUUCAAAUGGAGCUCGGUGCACCGUGGCAGCGGCGGCGGUGGUGGUGGUGGGGGGGCACCCUGGAGAGCGGCGCUCAGAGACUCGCUGUGGAAGAGGAGCUCACAGAAAAGGCGGUGUUGCACUUUUUAUCUGAGCACAACUCCUUCCCCACCAAAAAGAGUUGAGAAGUGGGACACGUGGGGAUGAUCUCAUGUUUUUUUUUCUCCUCCUCCUUUUAUGAAAACUAUAAUUGGGCAAAACAGCAAAAGUCAAUGUUGACAUUGUUGAUGAGUUUGUGUUUUUCUUACGCUCUGGGCAGCGUGACGAAAAAAAAAUCUGUUUUUUCCUUUUGUAUCAGCAGCUCAGGAUCCAGCAACGCAAAAGAACCCCGGCACAACCACCACCUUUUCAUAUCUCUCUAAGCUGACACUUUCAAAGUGCUGUUCUUCUGGAUUCAAACUCUAUAGGAAUAAUCUGUGGUCUAUCAAUCGAGGCUCUUUGCCAAAGUUGAAUGAUAAUGGUGCAGUAGAUUUUUUUAAACCUCUGUUAAAGGGGAGCAGAGAAUGUAAAGAACUGUAUAUGAAAAUGCUUUGGAAGUCAAAAUGUACAUAAAUGAAGGGUCACUCAUGGCUAAUUCUUGUUUUCUUGCUUUUCCUUUUGAAAUGGCAGAGAAGAAGAAGAAGAAGCUUCUCUGUGUAGCAGCCUCACUGUUCUCAGGUUAGAGACAUCUUUUCUAAAGAAAAUGGUGAAAAAUAAAACUCACUAAAUAAGGAUGAUGGUCGA